CAGUAUUGCACACGUAAAGUCAGCUAUUUCUGAUGCUGCUCUUUCUUCAGAACGUGACACAGAAAGAAUUUGAAUUUUUUCAAUAAUGAACACUCCUACUAACGUCCAGUAUGUCCAGAUGCGAUGUGACCUGUGUAAGACUGGUAUGGUUCAAAUGCACUGUGAUGAGUGUCAUGUCCAUUUGUGUAAGGUCUGUGUGGGGGAACAUUUAUCUGCUGAUCUCUCAAAAUCUCACACAAUUGUUGCAAUCAAAGACAGAAAUCGAAUUAUACUUUAUCCUCACUGCCCAUCUCACGUGAACGAACAAUGCGAAAUGUACUGUAACCAAUGCUGCACUCCAAUGUGCACUGCGUGCAUUGCCUCUGGCGAACACUUUGGUCAUAGCAUCUUACAAAUACGACAAAUUUACGAAGAUAAAAGAAAGAAUCUUGAAGAAGAAAACAAAGACAUUAAACAAAACCUUUAUCCAGCCUACCAGGGCAUUUUAUCUGAUGUAAAGAACAAAAUGAGUCAAUUAGACAAGAUAUACGGAGAUCUCUCAACAGCCAUAACAAAACAUGGAGAGACAUGGCACAGAGAAAUUGACAUGCUAGUGAAUAAACUUAGAUCUGAGGCGGUUAAAAUGAAACAAAUCCAUUUGAAUAUUUUGGAAAAACAUCUGCAACAUAUUAAAGGAAAAAUAAUCCUUCUUGAGCGUAUACUAAAUUCACAGGAAAAAGUACUAGAUUCUAGUCAAUUACCAGUAUCCCUUCUCCUCGGCUAUCAAAGUCAGAUUCCAAAACUGAGUAAACUUCCUGCAAAAAUAGAUACGCCAAUGCCAUGUUUCACCCCAGUACUACCAUGGAAUAAUCAAGAAGAGCAAUUCAUUAAGCUUUUUGGAAAACUAUCAACUCUGUCUUUCAAUUCCGAGGAGGAGCCAGGACACAAAAUGAAGGCACUCGAGCAAGCACCAGAAACUGAAUUUUCUCCUUUGUCAAAACAUCUGAUUAAUGAUACCGAGACUGUCAACUCUAUAAACACUGGAUAUGGGCACCUUUACAAUGUAGCCUGUUUGGGUAAUGAAAAAAUCUGGACAAGUGGCUAUGACAGUGUUAUAAGACUCUUCAGCAUGCAGGGAUCAUUCCUCAAGUCAAUCAUAACCAAGUCUGGGAGAGGACCACAUGAUAUAGCAGUGACAAAAAGUGGAGAUCUAGUUUACACUGAUUACAGGGAUAAAACUGUAAACAUAGUGAAGUAUGACCAGAUAGAAGAGAUGAUCAAACUACAGAACUGGAAACCUCUCAGUUUAUGUAGCACCUCCAAAGGUGAUCUCCUGGUAACGAUGGACAGCGCUGAUAACAAGCAAGCAAAGGUUGUCUGCUACUCUGAUUCUACCGAAAAACAAACCAUUCAAUUUGAUGACGAAGGUAACCCUCUUUACUUUCAAAAUGAUAAAUACAUCAAUGAAAACCAGAACCUGGAUAUCUGCGUAGCUGUUAAUGGAGCUGGAGUUGUGGUGGUAGUUAAUCAAGCUGGGAAACUGAGAUUUAGAUACACUGGAUAUACUCCUGCUCCAAAGAAUAAACCAUUCAGUCCACGAGGGAUCACCACAAACAGUCAGAGUCACAUCCUUACAGCUGAUGAUAACAAUUGUUGUAUCCACAUCAUAGACCAGGAUGGACAGUUCCUCCGUUAUUUACCUGGACUGAUAGAUCCAUGGGGACUGUGCACAGACGCUAAUGAUAAUCUAUUUGUUGCUCAGCGCGGGAACAAAGAAGUGAAAAUAUUAAGAUAUUAAA